UGCAAAGGCAACGCGCAGCGCCACUGUCAUUGUCCUCAUGAUCAUCGCCACGGCGCCGUUCCUCGUCUCGAGCAACUGCUCUCCGCGAGAGUUGGUUGCCAUAAGCAGCGGGGGCGGCAUUAACAUUCACCCAAUGUCGCUCCCUGGAGUCCGAGCCGCCCCCUCAGCGUUCACCAUUUGAAGAUAGCCUAAUCAAAGAGGAGUGGUGAUACAACGAUAGAUAUAGCAGUCUGAAAGGACGCAUGAACCGGAUUGCUGGCGACCGAGGCGAGGAAGUGGUUCCAUUCGGAUGCUGUCUUGGGCAGAAAUGAAUUGAAGGAAGCCGUCGGUGCGCACUUCGGCCGAGCUCUGGUCCCGACUUCCUGCCCUCCGGACAAAAGUGAGUCGCGGUCGGGUGGUGGCGGCGGCGGCGGUCUCUUGGUACAGCACGGCAGAAAAUCAAAAUUCAGAGAAUGUCCAAAGACGCACCUGAAAGGUCCGAGCACCCAGGCGAGGUGCCCGCCACGGGCGCAGAGGGCACCGUUGAAGACCGCCAGAGCACCAGCAAGCACAGCGUGACCACCGAAGGUACGCAGUCACAAGGCCAUGGAGCUGAGGGCGCUGUCAUUGGCGGGGAACCACUGGAUAGGUCUACGCACUCAGAAAGGAAGGAAGAGGCAGCUCCUAAGGAGAACCAGGAUGAAAACGCGUCGCUCGUCGCCAAGGUUCCGGCCGGCGACGAGGUCGAGCCCGACGUCGCCUUCGCCGGCACUGAGGUGGACACUCGCUGCGGGCUACUCUCGUUCCGCCCAGCGGUGCUGCAGGUGUUCUGCAAGCCGCCCUACAUGCUGGUCAAUAUGUGCGCCAUCACUUUCACGCAAGGCUUCCUUGCCAACGGCUGCGUCAACGUCGUCCUGCCCACGCUCGAGCGUCGGUUUCAGCUGCGUAGCUUCGAGAGCGCCAUGAUCAUCAGUUCGUACAACGUGGCCAACUGCAUCGCCGUCGCGCCAGUUGCCUUCAUGGGCACCAGUGGUAAAAAGCCGGUGUUCCUCGGCGUCGGCGCCUUCACCGUGGGGCUGGGCUCAUUCCUCUUCACCUCGGUCCAUUUCAUCGCGCCCGCCUACCAGUGGGGAUCCGAGCUGCAGGACCUGUGCCCGGCGGGCGCUCUUCCCAAGGACCUCUGUCUCACCGGUGACGUGCGACACUACCGGUUCCUGCUGAUGAUUGCGCAUGCCUUGCACGGCAUCGGCUCGACGCCCUUCCACACGCUGGGCAUCUCGUACCUGGACGAGAACGUGCCCACCAGGAUGGUCUCCACGUACCUCGGCGUGUUCUCAUGCAUGGGUGUCGUGGGUCCCGGCAUCGGGUUCAUGGUGACCGGCUUCUUCUUGAGGUUCUACGUCGACAUCACGAAAGACGUCAAGCACUUGGGCCUGACUUCCGGAAGCGCCGUCUUUGUUGGAGCAUGGUGGGUCCCAUUCCUGAUGGUCUCAGUGUCGAUGUUCACCAUUUCUGGGCCAACCCUGUUCUUUCCCAAGCACAUGCCAAGCUACUACAAGUUGAUCGAACAGAAAAAGAUGGAGAGUCGUCAAGGAACGCGCGUAAUGAAAGACACGUCCAUAAAAGAGCUGCCCGGAGCCAUCUGCGCCAUCCUCGGCAACAUCACAUUCUUGUCUCUCUCCUUGGCCGGAACUGCGGACUACAUGCUUACAAAUGCUGUGACGCAGACUUCAACGAAGUUCUUUGAGUCUCAGUUCGCUAUCAGUUCGUCGAAAGCUUCGGCUAUCUUGGGUGCUGUUGCCAUCACGGGCGGAUGUGGUGGCACUUUCCUGGGCGGAUACUUGGUGACGCGCUUAAACAUGUCCUGCGACGCCAUCAUAAGGAUGUGCCUCAUCGUCAGCAUAGUGCCUUGGAUCUGCAUCUUCAUGUUUCGAAGCUACUGCCCGGACCCAACCUUUGCCGUGAACAUCCCCGCAAUGCUGAACGACUCCAAUCCUUUCGGGUUUCCAUGCAACAAGCAUUGCAAAUGCCUGUCCAGCGUGUACAACCCAGUCUGUUCUGUGGAUGGAAUCGUGUUUUUCUCUCCCUGCUUGGCGGGAUGCGAAGCACGCCUGGCAACGGGAAAAGCAAGGGUGUACACCAACUGCAGCUGCAUCACGCAGAGCGUUCCGGAGACGCUGCCCAACAGCACCGUCAUCAACGUGCAAGCGCGCCGCAAGAAGUGCAACACGGGCUGCACUCUCCUUCCCUACUUCACGGCCGGGCUGCUCCUCGCGCUGUUUUCCAACUUCAUCAACUUGGCGCCGCUCGCCUCCGCUUUGCUCAGGGUGGUCACUCCUAAGGAGCGCUCGUUGGCGUUGGCCGUGAAGUGGAUCAUCGUCCGCCUCUUUGCGUCCAUUCCGGGGCCGUUGCUGUUCGGCCACGUAAUCGACCGUAGCUGCCUGGUCUGGCAGAAGACGUGCGGCAGAAGCGGCUCUUGCCUCUACUACAACAACAAGCUGCUGGCACACAACCUCUUCAACGUGUUCAUCCUGCUGAAGACGCUCUCCAUCCUCUUGUACGCGCUCUCAUUGAUCAAGUACCGCGAAAACUUCGGCUCCGGCCGACGCGGCUGGCGAGCUGCUUGACGGAAAACCUGCUGACGCUGCAGUCCCAAUGUUAAAUUCCGCCAGAACCGAAUAAACACCUGGGUCGAACGUGCCGCCUCCCAGUUCGCUCCUUUCCAGUCACGCACCAUAAUAAAGAACGCACAUACAUCCCGUUUUGUGUAUGACUAAGUAAAAAGAUGCUGUUUCUUUUUCAUA